AUGUUUGUUUGUCUUAUUUCCACAUCAAACGCACAAGAUGCUGAACCAGCAAAAAAUCCAAGUCCGGCUGAACAAAAACAAAGCAGUCUUGUUCCUAACAAUAUAAUACAGUUUCCGAUAAGCGAUCCAACUCAAUCAAAAAGUGGUUUUACGUGUCCUGUUGUUGGAAAUUAUAACGAUCUUAAGAUAUACCCCAGCUUUUUCUCUCAACUAGGAACGUUCUUCCCUAUUCUAGAAAAAGUCACCCAAUCUGAAAAAACAAAAACAAAGCAAUAUUACUACCCUCUGCCUGUUGAUGAUUCUAUGUAUUUUAUUGAAUUUGAAUUGGAUGAGAAGAAAAAUACCGAUGGUGAUAUCAUAAUCGAUGUUGAUAAAAAGAAAGAAACGAAGAAAUCAAAAGAUGAUCAAAUCUGUGAUGGAAUCGAAAAUGUCACCAAAGAUUUAAAUACUGAUAAAAUCGUAUUUUACGAACUUGAAAAUGGAAAAAUUGGACAACAAGAUGGUCGCGGCGUCCCCAAUUUCGUUCCAACAGAAGACACCACAGAACCUCCAACAAUUGCAAAUGACGACGAAAGAAUUACCACCGACACCAAUCAUGCGAAGAAGGUCACUGGUAGAAAAUAUAUGAAAAUUGAUGGUUAUGUAUUGAUAAACAUACUUGAAACCGGAUUUCUUAAUUAUAUUAUUUAUUCUCAUCGUUCUACUAGUUCAUGA